UGUAAUGGGAUGGUGGUUUAUUUGCAAAGGCUUAAACUUUAAACUCCAAGUAAUGUGAUACAUGCUCCACUUAACUGAGCCACAUCCGCUGAUAAAGAUCACAGAAUCUUAUUGGACUAUGUGAUAAGAAGUGUUUAUAAAACUUCAACUUCGAAGGUUAAUAGUGAUCUUGAAUCUUGAAUGAUUUUUAUGUUGUUGUAUAUUAUAAUAUAUUCCACUUAAUCGUUGAAGAAAACAAAAUAAUCAAUUUCACGAAACCACCCUACUUUCAAAAAUAAUCACCCAUCCUCUUGUAAUCACCAGUAGCCUCUCAAAAUGACCAGUACACCAGCCGAUAUGUUUACUGGUACAUUUAUUUCCAUUAUUACUGCAGAGUAAUUCUGAAAAUCUGCAAAUGGAUAUGAAUCAUCACUCGAUCCACUGACGGAACUCAAGACCAGUUGUGUCAGAAUCUUCUUUACUCUGUUGUUUUUGUGUACUGGGGGGGGGGGACUUUGAUGGGAGCCGCUUUUCUACAUAAACUCUACGUCUGCAGUGUUUACAGGAAUCCAGCCUGCUUUCAGCCCCCCUGCUCCCAGGAGUCCUCCCCACCAGAGGGCGAAGGAAACCAACUCUCGGUCCCAUGUUGGAGCUGCGUCAAGCUGGAAACAAUCAGCACCACAAGGACCGGAGAACUUGAAGGUUGUGAUCCUCCACAGUGUGUGUGCGACCUCCCCGCGGCAAGACGCGCUCCCGUGCAGACAGCGGACUCCUCUGCUUCUUCAAACACACCGAAACCUUUUCAAGGCUGAACCAUGAAACGUGCUCUGGUUGAAGGUUAGAGAGGGCAGAUCCCUGCCGGACACCCCCUGCUGUCCAGGACCCCGGGGUCGCGCUUUGUUUGCAGAGAAGACUCCUCCUUUUGUUUUGCCAAAAAUCUCCACAAAUCCCGAAAAUGGACCCUUUACGAAAUGGGAAUAAUUGUGAGGAGGACUUGCAGUGUCCUGAGGAGGAAGAGGAAGUAGACCCAAGAAUUCAGGGGGAACUGGAGAAGCUGAACCAGUCCACGGAUGACAUUAACCGCUGGGAGAGUGAGCUGGAGGACUGCCGUCAGCGGUUUCGCGCAGUGCUGGUAGAAGCAACGGUGAAGCUGGACGAGCAGGUGAAAAGGAUCGGGCGAGCCGUGGAUGACUCCAAACCGUACUGGGAAGCCCGCAAAGUAGCAAGACAGGCCCAGGUUGAAGCCCAAAAGGCCACUCAGGAAUUUCAGCGGGCGGUGGAGAUCCUGCGGGCAGCCAAGGAAACCAUCGCUCUGGCCGAGGAGAGGCUGUUAGAGGAGGAUAGCCGCCAGUUUGACUCCGCCUGGCAGGAAAUGCUCAACCAUGCCACACAGAGGGUGAUGGAGGCCGAGCAAGCGAGAACGCGCAGUGAAGCUGAACACAGGAAAACAGCAGCCAACUACAACUCCUGUAUCAGCCACAUGAGGCAGUUAGAGAAGAAACUGAAACGCUCCAUUAACAAAUCCAGACCAUAUUUUGAACUGAAAGCCAAGUAUUACCUACAGCUUGAGCAACUGAAACGUCACGUGGACGAGCAUCAGGCGAAACUUGUUGUUGCUAAGGCAGAGUACCGCGCAGCUCUACGCAACCUAGAAAGCAUCUCCGAGGAGAUACAUGCUCAGCGACGGUCCCUCGCCAUGGGAACCAGGGAGCAGGGUGUUGGUGCAGAGGGAAAUGGAAGCAAUGAGGACAUCGCCAACUUCAAGAUGGAGUCAGACGGUCUGUCAAUGGUGUCAGUGUCAAUUGACGAAGAGGGCAGUCACAGUAGCAGCUCAGAGGAGGACGCCGACACCCAGUCCACCUCCUCACCCCGAGCCAUGCCCUCCUCACCGUCCUCUUCCUCUACCAAUCCUUCCACCUCCGCCUCCACCCCUCUCGACAUGCCCUGCCCCGACCCCUCCUCCUCCCUCUACACCACUCGCUCAUACAUCUCCGACUCGCCCUUGUCCUCCAUCCUCUCCUCUUCCUGUCCUGGGGGCCUGGAGUUCGUGAGCCCCUGCAGCUCUCAUGACCCAGACUCAGUGUGCAGUUCUGGGCAUGCCUCACCUCUCCUGGGCCCCCGCAGCCAGUGCAGCGGAGCUUCCUCUCCAGACUGCGACCAGGAGAGAGGUGACAGAGCAGAGGGAGCGGAGGCCACGCUAGAGGCCGGUCUGAGCAAGCUAACCUUGACUGUUGCACAAAAACAAGGGGACUCUGGGGAUGAACAAGACCCCCAUUACAAUAAGCCUGAAAACUGCUCUCCCAGCUCAGCCACUACCGUUUUGCUACUCAACAGUGUCUAAUGAAUGUCUGUCGUACCUAAAACACUCACCGUGCCCAGCUUCAAGUCUCAAAACUGGACUCACUGGUAGAGGCUGUGGCACAGAGCGGGACGAAGCGCUUACUGUAAGCAAUGAGAGAGCAAGCUGCACACUCCCAACUCCAAAAAACGUGACGUUACAAUAUUGUCACAAUAUUCAUCAGAUGAUGUCACAUUAAAGGUGCUUUAUGUGGUGUAUUUAAACAUCAGUAUAUCAUAUAAAUUGUGAAACCAUGUGGAUGCAUUGUAAACACAUGAGAGCAGGGACAGGAUGGAUGGUGGUCUGUAUUUUACACCAUUAUUAUUGUGAGGGUUAUUUAGCAAACUGCAUUUCCCAUAAACCUCCUUGCUUCAUUUUGCAAAACUGAUUUCACUAGCUCAGUUUCUGUUUAAAGACGAACACCUUCUUUCUUGUGCCGUACAGAAAUUUGCUCUUAUAAUGUACAGCAGUGUGGCAAAUUUCCGGGCCGUAUCAUAGAGGCUCCCAGGCCUCUCAUUAACGGUGUAGCUUUAUAGCGAUGUGUCAAAGUUGACGUGGUUAACUGUUGUUGAUGUUGAAAUGCUGCACUCGGCACCACUAAGAGACAUUUUGUAUUAAUGUAAACAGUGAGCUUCUGUUUCGGUCCUUAAUCUCCUCGUGAGAAACCAGAUGAGACAAAAACAAACUGUCUCGUGUCGGAUUAUGUCUUUUUCUGCCUUGAUUUUUUUAACUCCUCCCGUCAGUUCUAAAUGUAGGAUGUGGAGACUAUUUUGAAUGAAAAGUUGUCAAGGAAGAAACUGAUGCGCAAGCAGUACUCUGAGCACUAAACUAAAGACACUUAAGAUGGGAUGGAAACUUUUGAGACACGAUGGUCUUCCAUUGAUAUUUGUGAAUGAGUGAGUAAAUGUAAAAAAAAGUGAAAACUACCGUCUGAUGUGAUUUGUAUGUGUGGCUGAGCGAAUGAUUUUUUUGAGUGAUGAUGAUAAAAACGCCUGAUGAUUUUGAGUGUGUCUUUUGUGUUUUUGACAAAUGUUCAAAUGCUACCCUGUAGUACAGAUAUUCUAUAUUUAUACUCUUGUAUUCUUGUAUAUGAACAUGUUUUGUGGUCACUGUUUUCAAUGUCUAACACAAAAUAAGCAAUA